CUGUGCUGCAAUCACUCCAGGAAACAGUUAGAUUACAGUCCGCAGCAAGCUUCACAUUUCCGUCUGACUUUGUCAUUUGUGUACAGAGCUAUAGCCAAUACCUAAAAUAAUCAGUGUUAAGGCUCUAGGUUUCCAUUUAAAUUGUAUCAUUUAACUCUCCUUUAUUUUUUAUCCUUUUUUUUAAAGAACCUGGGCUGUCAAGAAUUCAUGAUGAAAAGCCUUUUUUCGUCUGUAGUACUUGUCUCUGUUCUGUUUAUGAACAGCUUCUCAGAAGUGCAGGGGGGAAAAUGGAAAGGUGAAGGUACAACACAAAACCUGGAAAGUAUUGUCAUUGGAAGAUGCUAUGACUAUAUUAGAAUUGUGAAUCCUGCUGUUGGUGAGAAGAAUUGUUCAGCGAUAUGGGAAGCAUUUAAAAAUGCAUUUAUUAACAAGGAUCCUUGCAACAUUCUACCUGACGACUAUGAAUUAUUUAUCAACCUGUCAUUUCACACAAUUCCACCCAACAAGUCUCUCUUCUGGGAAAAUAAUCAGCUGCUCGUCAAUAGCUUUGCUGGCAGAGGCCGUCGCUACAUGUCUCUGGCUGAUACUCUGUUCGGCUUUGUCGCAGAUUACCUAACCUGGUGCGGGCAGGCCAACAGCGCUGGACUGGACUAUGAAUCCUGCCCUACCAUGGAGGAGUGUGAAAAUAAUGCGGUGGAAUCUUUCUGGAGGAAGGCCUCAGCCACUUAUGCACAGCACAGUUCUGGAGUGAUACAUGUCUUGUUGAACGGCUCUGUAGUCGGAGGAGCUUAUCCAGAACCAGGUUUUUUUGCAGAUUAUGAAAUACCUAAUCUCCAGAAAGACAAAGUUUCGCGAAUUGUCAUCUGGGUUGUGGAUGAUAUUGAAGGCCCAGAUAUAGAGUCCUGUGGAACUCAUACUGUAAAAAUAUUAGAAAACAGGCUGAAAACCCUUGGUUAUGAUGUCACCUGCACUGACAAUUACAAGUCUGUAAUGUUCUUACUCUGCCUGGAUUAUCCUGAUGAUUCGAAGUGUGCCCUGUCAUCAUCUGUUUUCUCUGUGGAUGGAUCCCUGCUCUCUGAUGGUCCAUUUACUGACAUGGGAACAAUUUGAUCUGCACCAGCAACACAAAGAGGACCUAUAUCUUCAGACAGAGGAGGCAGCUGGAACAAGCUCAUGUUUGUUUCUUUUGUAGGCUUUUUGUUCAGAUUUGCUUUACUGUAUUAAGUUAAUCAGCUGAAUCCGUAUACUCUGUUUGCCUUAGUUGGCUAUAAAUUUGGCUUCCACUAAUUUUUAGCUGUAAUUUCACCCUACUUCUGGGACUGGCAAAUCUGCAUAUUAAAACCCUGCGUACUUCUAUCUAGAUACCAACUACUUUUAGUGUCAAUAAUUAUUCUACUGCUGCUAAAAAGCCUCACCCUUCUUUUUCUUUUCUUGAAUAGAAGAAAUCUGUUGCUAUUUCCUGUUGCCCUUAUUCUCCAGAAUGAAACUGAGAAAAAUACUUUCUGGUCACAUAGUUAGAAAGAAAAGUGAAACUAUACCUGCCAUACAUCUCUCAUACACCUUACUUGUUUAUAAAAUCAAUCCUAGCAUUUGGCCUUGGAGACUAAGUGUUCAGAUGGGAAAGAGGUUAGGUUGCUCACUUGGUACAAGAUACAACAUGUGGGACAGUGGAAAAAUUAAACUCAUUUUCGUAAGUGGUCCAGUGCUUGGGCUAGACUUACCUGAAACUAUCAUACAGGGAGAUUCUGCCUUGCAUAUGGUAUUUUAUCACCUACUAUCAAUUGCUUUGUCAUCUGCACAGCUGUUCCUCAGCUGACUGUUUUCUGGCCGCUGGAUGGGCAGUAGUCAGGACUACCGGGUCUAGAAAGUUCCACAGGUUUUCCACCGUGAUGCAACAGUUGAUCACCAUGAUGUGAUUUAUGGCAUAUCAACUUCAGAUGAGAACCUGCCAAGUCAGACAUCUGCCUGUUUGCAGUGAACUCAGUGUGCCUCAGAACACAUUGAGGAGAGGGCAGAUGCCAUCCUGAAGGUCUCUUGAGUUAAUUCUGCUUCUCUAAACCACCGAGACAUCCAGCUAUCAAGAGGACAAAUAAAUAUUUGGGAAAAAAUAGUUGGUCUCCUACAAAAAAAACUUAAGGUAGAAUUUUGUUGCACAUUAUCUGUAAGCUUCUGUAGAAUUUGUGUUUAUAUUACCUGGUUGUCAGGAAACUGGCAUAGAAUGUUCCUUUUAUCUCAGUGCAUCUGAUUUAGGACUCCAUAAGAGAUUUACAUCUUUUCAGUUCCUCGUGCAACUAUAUCAUCUUGUAUAUUUGAAAGAUCAAAUAUCUGAAAUAUGUUCUUGUUGCUUAUUUUUCUGGCUUCCAUUUCUGUAAUAAUCUUUAAUUUGGGUUUAAUGCAAGUCUGUUUAUAUUACACACCUAAUUGUGUUUGCCUGUGUCACAGCCAGGUUUAGGCUCGAGCUUGAAGGAUUUUUCUGUCUGCUUCAGACACUUGCAAAAGUACUGAAAUAAGAAGUUACAGACCUUUGAAACUGGGGGCUGUAUUAUACCUCAGAAUUGUUCCGUACUUAUGCUGAAACAUUAUUCUUUUGAUUAGUUUCCUUCAGCAUCCUCCUUGUCUUUAUUGCUUGUUUGAUGCUGCCCUUAACAGCAGCUGCCAGAAUAAGGAGGGAUAUCUGUUUGUAACACAGACACGUCUCAGAUAACUAAACCCAAGCAAUUUUGAUCAGUCUCCUGUUUGUCCACAUCAGAUCACAUCAUGACACGUUUGGGACCGCAGGCUGCAGAGAUGGUGCAUGUGAGGCUCACAGACAGGUGUCCAGGCCAUGGCCUGGCCUAGUGUUGUCCUGCCCACUGACAUGUGUAUUAUAGCGUGUGCGGGAUUCAGAGAAGAGCUUAAUACUGUUAACAAGCCUCUUGGGCAACUUCCAUCUGCAAGCCAGGCAUCCCAGCUGUCCAAAUUUUGCUUUCCAGCCCAUGAAAGCUUUCCAGCCUCUGGAUGCAAUCCACUCCAGGGGCCCAGUCAGUGCUGGCCAUCACGUGUGAUACCAAACACACUGUAGGAAGUGCUAAAUAAUGCUGUUUUUUUAAAAAAAAAAAAAAAAUACAAAGUAAGAUAGAUACAAUUCAAAUAAUUUGAGGUUAUUUACUGCAUAAUCUCAAAUCAAGAACAACAUGCUCAGAAACCUCCUGCAGUGUUUUCUUAUUUCUAAUGUUCUUCCGUCUUUUCCCAUUACUUCAACUCUGUAGCAAAGACAGCAAUUUGUUUUCCAAUAUCUUUUGAAUGAAGUGUCUCAAUCUUGCUGGAAAAGCUUGGGAAGAUCUGUAAGGAUUUUUAGCUAACCAACUAAUACAGCUGGGAAAAAGAAAAAUAAAAUAAAGGUAAAAAGAUACAUAGACUCUUUGAGAUGUUAAAAGCAGCAAAUUUCAAGCUGAGUGUGGAUCGGUUGUUCUCAGUUUAAUAUAAUAGUCUUAAUGUGUGCAAAAGGACAGUGUGACUGGCAGCUCGGAAGCAGAGGGGCAGAAGACGUGUCAGCAAAGUGAGGAACAACAACAUCAUUUGUUACUCCUGGAGUGAGAGGCUUGAACAAAAAGUUGUGAGCAAAGAAUCCCUUACAUCUCUCUUUUUUUAUUAUUUCUACAUCUACAAAGUGCAUGCAUAGUGCUAUUUACACAUAUGUUUUACACUUACGUGGUGAGAAUCAGCUAGGUAUGCCUGUGCUCUGUCUUGAACACUCAGUAAAUGCUCUGAUUACCAAUUUCUCACGUAACAGCUGCACCAAAUUUGGUGAAAUCGUAAUGUCCAAAAGGCAUCUGCCCUUUUCCAUAAACUCAUGCAAGCCUGGCAAUGUUCAGCAGGGUGCUUCAAAUGUAGAUGCAAAAUGUUUCAGUCAUUCAUACUUAUACGAGCAGUACUGCAAAAACAGAUGUCUCUGGACCUGAAUUCAAGGGGGAAAUACUCCAUAUGAAAACAUUAUGUAUAUCACAUAAUUUUAAAUUCAGCUGAUGCCACAAUCCUUUGUAAAUCUGAUAAUAUCUAAUUACUUAUGGCAAAUGAAAGCACCAUGUACAGGAGCAUUACAAGGUGCUCUGGAAAUGCAGACAGACCUUUAGAAGCUACUGAUACUAAAGUAGUAUUUAUUGUCUUUGCCUGUUUAUGGACCAAUUAAUAACCCAGUUAUGCUCUUCAUUCCUAUAUAGAAAUAAAUAUAAUCUCCCCUUCUGCUAACCUACGUUUUUUUUUCUGCUCCAUGUGUUUCAGUCAUUGUAUCUGACAAAAGCGGAACUCUAAUUCAGAGUAAUUCCUUUUUUCAACAUGUGUGUGCAUGCACACAUAUACAUCUGCUCACACCUGCUCUGUCUGCUUUUAAAUGCAAACUCUAGAGUGCUCUGGAGUAAGAAGUUAUGAGAAUAAAGCAAGGACAACUUGUUCACCUCUCUGCCCUUUU